AUGCCAUCUGGGUGGUUCCUCCCGGGGUUGGGAACCCAUCACCCAGCUCCCGAAGAGCCAGAGGCCAAAGAGGAGAGCAUAAUGAUGGACCUUUUCGAAACGGGCUCCUAUUUCUUCUACCUGGACGGGGAGAAUGGAGCCCUGCAGCAGCUGGAGAUGGCCGAGGGCUCCCCUCUGUACCCGGGCAGCGAUGGCACCCUGUCCCCCUGCCAGGACCAAAUGCCCCCCGAAGCCGGGAGCGACAGCGGCGGCGAAGAGCACGUUCUGGCGCCCCCGGGCCUGCAGCCCCCUCACUGUCCUGGCCAGUGCCUCAUCUGGGCCUGUAAGACUUGCAAGAGGAAAUCGGCCCCGACGGACCGGCGCAAGGCCGCCACGCUGCGAGAGAGGCGACGCCUGAAGAAGAUCAACGAGGCCUUCGAGGCCCUUAAGCGCAGGACAGUGGCCAACCCCAACCAGAGGCUGCCCAAGGUGGAGAUACUGCGGAGCGCCAUCACGUACAUCGAGCGGCUGCAGGACCUCCUGCACCGCCUGGAUCAGCAGGAGAAGAUGCAGGAGCUGGGGGCAGACCCCUUCAGCUACAGCCCUAAGCAAGCAAAUCUCCCCAGUUCCGAUUUCCUGAGCACCUGCAGCUCUGAAUGGGAAAAUGUUUCUGAUCAUUCCAGGGCCCUAGCCAUAAGUCCCAGAGAAGUCGGAGGGCCCAUAAUCGAGUCAUCAGCCUCCAGUAGCCUCAGGUGUCUUUCUUCCAUCGUGGACAGUAUUUCCUCCGAAGACCCUAAACUCAUCAGCGUGGAGGAGGUAGUGGAGAAAUAA